CGCCUGAUAACCGACUCCAAAGUGAAGCUCAAGUACCAACAUUUAAUUACCAAUAGUUUUGUAGAGGUAAGCUUGUUUUACCUUCUACGUUAUUUGUGUGUUCAUAGUGGAAAAAUAAGAAAUGCAAUGAAUUCAAUGUGCAUUAGACUAGUCUACACCACUACUACAUUCAAUGUGUGCACCUGCAUUGAAUUUAUUGCAUUAAUUUGAAUAUUUGAAUAAGAUUGGAUAACAGGAUGUGUCUAACUGUCCUAAUCUCCCAGUGUAAUAGACUGUUGAAGUGGUGCCCUGCACCAGACUGCCAUCACGUUGUCAAAGUCCACUACCCCGACGCCAAGCCUGUCAGGUGCAAGUGUGGUCGACAGUUCUGGUAAGACAACUCUCCUAAAUGAUCUGCCUUGGCCUCUCUUGACUAUCAAAUGACAUAAUACAGUGUACUCCUUAAAGCCCCACUGCCAGUGUCUUCAGAUGUCUUAAGGCACACCUUCAGAACAACAAUGUGUCAAGACCCAGGAGAUGGCUGGGUUAGGGUUAGUCAAGCUCAAGUCACAGGAGAUGGCUGGGUUAGGGUUAGUCAAGCUCAAGACCCAGGAGAUGGCUGGGUUAGGGUUAGUCAAGCUCAAGACCCAGGAGAUGGCUGGGUUAGGGUUAGUCAAGCUCAAGACCCAGGAGAUGGCUGGGUUAGGGUUAGUCAAGCUCAAGACCCAGGAGAUGGCUGGGUUAGGGUUAGUCAAGCUCAAGACCCAGGAGAUGGCUGGGUUAGGGUUAGUCAAGCUCAAGACACAGGAGAUGGCUGGGUUAGGGUUAGUCAAGCUCAAGACACAGGAGAUGGCUGGGUUAGGGUUAGUCAAGCUCAAGACACAGGAGAUGGCUGGGUUAGGGUUAGUCAAGCUCAAGACCCAGGAGAUGGCUGGGUUAGGGUUAGUCAAGCUCAAGACCCAGGAGAUGGCUGGGUUAGGGUUAGUCAAGCUCAAGACACAGGAGAUGGCUGGGUUAGGGUUAGUCAAGCUCAAGACACAGGAGAUGGCUGGGUUAGGGUUACUCGACAUGUCUCAAGACACGGGAUAUGGCUGGGUUAUUCAAGACAUGUCUCAAUUCACAGGAUAUGGCUGGGUUAGUCCAAUACACAGGAUAUGGCUGGGUUAUGGUUAGUCCAAGACACAGGAUAUGGCUGGGUUAUUCAAGACAUGUCUCAAUUCACAGGAUAUGGCUGUGUUAGGGUUAGUCCAAGACACGGGAUAUGGCUGGUUUAGCCAAGACACGGGAUAUGGCUGGAUUAGCCAAGACACGGGAUAUGGCUGGAUUAGCCAAGACAUGUCUCAAGACACGGGAUAUGGCUGGGUUAGGGUUAGUCCAAGACACGGGAUAUGGCUGGGUUAGGGUUAGUCCAAGACACGGGAUAUGGCUGGGUUAGUCCAAGACACGGGAUAUGGCUGGGUUAGUGCAAGACACGGGAUAUGGCUGGGUUAGGGUUAGUCCAAGACACGGGAUAUGGCUGGGUUAGGGUUAGUCCAAGACACGGGAUAUGGCAGGAUAUGGCUGGGUUAGGGUUAGUCCAAGACACGGGAUAUGGCUGGGUUAGGGUUAGUCCAAGACACGGGAUAUGGCUGGGUUAGGGUUAGUCCAAGACACGGGAUAUGGCUGGGUUAGGGUUAGUCCAAGACACGGGAUAUGGCUGGGUUAGGGUUAGUCCAAACACGGGAUAUGGCUGGGUUAGGGUUAGUCCAAGACACGGGAUAUGGCUGGGUUAGGGUUAGUCCAAGACACGGGAUAUGGCUGGGUUAGGGUUAGUCCAAGACACAGGAUAUGGCUGGGUUAGGGUUAGUACAAGACACGGGAUAUGGCUGGGUUAGGGUUAGUACAAGACACGGGAUAUGGCUGGGUUAGGGUUAGUACAAGACACGGGAUAUGGCUGGGUUAGUCCAAGACACGGGAUAUGGCUGGGUUAGGGUUAGUACAAGACACGGGAUAUGGCUGGGUUAGGGUUAGUCCAAGACACGGGAUAUGGCUGGGUUAGGGUUAGUACAAGACACGGAUAUGGCUGGGUUAGGGUUAGUACAAGACACGGGAUAUGGCUGGUUAGGUUAGUACAAGACCGGGAUAUGGCUGGGUUAGUCCAAGACACGGGAUAUGGCUGGGUUAGGGUUAGUACAAGACACGGGAUAUGGCUGGGUUAGGGUUAGUCCAAGACACGGGAUAUGGCUGGGUUAGGGUUAGUCCAAGACACGGGAUAUGGCUGGGUUAGGGUUAGUCCAAGACACGGGAUAUGGCAGGAUAUGUCGGAACCCAAAAGGAGUGUGUAUGAGAGCCAGGCAGCCUUGUGGUUUCCUCCCCUCCCCAUGGAGUCCCGUGUAGCUCAGUUGGUAGAGCAUGGCGCUUGCAACGCCAGGGUUGUGGGUUCGUUUCCCACGGGGGGCCAGUAUGAUAAUGUAUGCACUCACUAACUGUAAGUCGCUCUGGAUAAGAGCGUCUGCUAAAUGACUAAAAUGUAAAAUGAGUAGCUGCUACCCACCAGUCACAACAGGCUCCUCUGGGAUCAUAGCUUCCUGUUGGCAACCUUUGACCUAAUCCCUGCAACUAGAACACGAGAGAGAAUGAACAAUAUAUACUUUACAUUUACAUUUUAGUCAUUUAGCAGACGCUCUUAUCCAGAGCGACUUACAGGAGCAAUUAGGGUUAAGUGCCUUGCUCAAGGGCACAUUAGCGUCAUUUAGCAGACGCUCUUAGCCAGAGCGACUCACAAAUUGGGCGUUCACCCUAUAGCCAGUGGGAUAACCACUUUACAAUUGGGGGGGGGGUAGAAGGAUUCCUUUAUCCUAUCCCAGGUAUUCCUUAAAGAGGUUGGGUUCAAAUGUCUCCGGAAGGUGGUGAGUGACUCCGCUGUCCUGGCGUCGUGAGGAGCUUGUUCCACCAUUGGGGUGCCAGAGCAGCGAACAGUUUUGACUGGGCUGAGCGGGAACCACUAAUGGGACGCGUUUUGUCAUUCUAGCUUCAACUGUGGGGAGAACUGGCACGAUCCUGUCAAGUGUAAGGUAUGUGCAGGAGACAUGAAAUAGGGCUAGGUUCUGUCCUCCGACAGGACUUCAUAUUAGGACACAUGUACAAAACAUUAGGAACACCUUGCUAAUAUGGAGUUGCACCACUCCACUUUUGCCCUCAGAACAGCCUCAAUUCGUCGGGGCAUGGGCUCUAUUCAAGGUGUCGUAAGCGUUCCAAAAGGAUGGUAUUGUGUCAAGUUGGCUGGAUGUCCUUUGGGUGAUGAUACACACGGGAAACUGUUGCGCGUGGAAAAACCCAGCAGUGUUGCAGUUCUUGACACACUCAAACCGGUGUGCCUGGCACCUACUACCAUACCCUAUUCAUGGCUACUUAAAUAUUUUGUCUUGCCCAUUCACCCUCUGAAUGGCACACAUCCACAAUCCAUGUCUCAAUUGUCUCAAGGCUUAAAAAUCCUUAUUUAACCCGUCUCCUCCCCUUCAUCUACACUGAUUGAAGUGGAUGUAACAGGUGACAUCAAUAAGGGAUCAUAGCUUUCACCUGGAUUCACCUGGUCAGUCUGUCAUGGAAAGAGCAGGUGUUCCUAAUGUUUUGUACACGGUGUAUGUGUGUCUUGCUGGAUGACUAUCACCUCUGUUGCUCUACUGUCCUACAGUGGCUGAGAAAGUGGAUUAAAAAGUGUGACGAUGACAGUGAAACAUCCAACUGGAUCGCAGCUAAUACCAAGGUAUGGUUAUAACGCUAGAUAACAAUGCAUAAUACCAAGGUAUGGUUAUAACGCUACAUAACCUAAUACCAAGGUAUGGUUAUAACGCUACAUAACCUAAUACCAAGGUAUGGUUAUAACGCUACAUAACCUAAUACCAAGGUAUGGUUAUAACGCUACAUAACCUAAUACCAAGGUAUGGUUAUAACGCUACAUAACCUAAUACCAAGGUAUGGUUAUAAAGCUACAUAACCUAAUACCAAGGUAUGGUUAUAACGCUACAUAACCUAAUACCAAGGUAUGGUUAUAACGCUACAUAACCUAAUACCAAGGUAUGGUUAUAAAGCUACAUAACCUAAUACCAAGGUAUGGUUACAACGCUACAUAACACCUAAUACCAAUAUAUGGUACCAGUCCAGUUCUAUAGAACUCUCUACAUAACAAACAUCAUGGUCUGUAUUUAUAAAAGCGUCUCAGACUAGGAAUACUGAUCCAAGAUAAUUUUAGCCUUUUUAGAUUAUAGUGAAUUGACAGGGGGGACCUGGUCCUGGAUCAACAGUCCUACUCUGAGACGCUGUAUGAAUACGGGCCCAGGUCAAUGUGAUCUAGAUCGAGGUUUUCAUACCUUGGUAUUGGCUGCGCUCCACUAGGGGGGUUCACUGUCCUCGUCACACUUUUUUCCACAGGAGUGUCCAAAGUGUCAUGUGACCAUUGAGAAGGACGGCGGCUGCAACCACAUGGUGUGUCGGAACCAGAGCUGUAAAGCUGAGUUCUGUUGGGUCUGCCUUGGGCCCUGGGAGCCACACGGCUCUGCAUGGUGAGUCUGGAGAAGCAUACACAUUCACCCUAACAGAUCACCGUGUACCUACUUCCUGGUCCUCUGUAGCUCAGUUGGUAGAGUACGGCGAGACCACCCAUACAUUGCACGCAUGACUGUAAGUCACUUUGGAUGAAAGCAUCUGCUAAAUGGCGUACUGUAUAUACAUUAGGUACACCCAUCUAGUACCCGGGUCGGACCCCCCUUUCGCCUCCAGAACAGCCAGAAUUCUUCGGGGCAUUCUACAAGGUGUCGGAAACGUUCCACAGGGAUGUUGAUCCAUGCUGACGCGAUGGCAGCACGCAGUUGCUGCAGAUUGGACGGCGGUACAUUCAUGCUGCCAACAGCCCGUUCCAUCUCAUCCCAAAGAUGCUCUAUUGGGGUGAGGUCUGGGGACUGAGCAGGCCACUCAAGUAAACUGAACUCGCUGUCAUGUUCCAGAUGUUAUUUUUCCACUAAAUAGUGUUGGUGAUCGCGUACCCUUUUGGAGAUGCUUCUUCUUGUUUUUAGCUGAUAGGAGUUGUGUGGCCGUCUGCUGCAAUAGCCCAUCCGUGACAAGGGAUCAACGAGGUGUGCGUUCCAAAAUUUUGCACACACCUGUUGUACUGGACCAUUAUUUGCCUGUUUGUGGCCCGCCUGUUAGCUUGCAUGAUUUUUGCCAUUCUCCUGUUUUUUUUGCCAUUCUCCUGUUUUCUCCCACGGGACUGCCGCUGACUGGAUGUUUUUUUUGUUUGUCGCACCAUUCUCAAUAAACCCUAGACACUGUCGUGCGUGAAAAGCCCAGGAAGGCGUUUCUGAAAGUCUUGAUCCGGCGCGUCUGGUACCAACGAUCAAACCACGCUCAAAGCCGCUUAGGUCACUCGUUUUGCCCAUUCUGACGUUCAAUCGAACAGUAACUGAAUGCCUCGAUGCCUGUCUGCCUGCUUUAUAUAGCAAGCCACGUGACUCACUGUCUUUAGGAGCGAACCAUUUUUGUGAAUGGGUAAACUAAUAAACUGUCCGGUGAGUGUAUGUAUUAUACACCUACCUCCUGAUAUCUAAAGCAGCCGUCAUGGUGUCCUGCAGUAUUGUACACCUACCUCCUGAUAUCUAAAGCAGCCGUAAUGAUGUCCUGCAGUAUUAUACACCUACCUCCUGAUAUCUAAAGCAGCCGUCAUGGUGUCCUGCAGUAUUAUACACCUACCUCCUGAUAUCUAAAGCAGACGUAAUGAUGUCCUGCAGUAUUAUACACCUACCUCCUGAUAUCUAAAGCAGCCGUAAUGGUGUCCUGCAGUAUUGUACACCUACCUCCUGAUAUCUAAAGCAGACGUAAUGAUGUCCUGCAGUAUUAUACACCUACCUCAUGAUAUCUAAAGCAGCCGUAAUGGUGUCCUGCAGUAUUAUACACCUACCUCCUGAUAUCUAAAGCAGACGUAAUGAUGUCCUGCAGUAUUAUACACCUACCUCCUGAUAUCUAAAGCAGACGUAAUGAUGUCCUGCAGUAUUAUACACCUCAGCUCCUGAUAUCUAAAGCAGCCGUCAUGGUGUCCUGCAGUAUUAUACACCUACCUCCUGAUAUCUAAAGCAGCCGUCAUGGUGUCCUGCAGUAUUAUACUCCUACCUCCUGAUAUCUAAAGCAGCCGUAAUGGUGUCCUGCAGUAUUAUACACCUACCUCCUGAUAUCUAAAGCAGCCGUCAUGGUGUCCUGCAGUAUUAUACACCUACCUCCUGAUAUCUAAAGCAGCCGUCAUGGUGUCCUGCAGUAUUAUACACCUACCUCCUGAUAUCUAAAGCAGCCAUAAUGAUGUCCUGCAGUAUUAUACACCUACCUCCUGAUAUCUAAAGCAGCCGUAAUGGUGUCCUGCAGUAUUAUACACCUACCUCCUGAUAUCUAAAGCAGCCGUAAUGGUGUCCUGCAGUAUUAUACACCUACCUCCUGAUAUCUAAAGCAGCCGUAAUGGUGUCCUGCAGUAUUAUACACCUACCUCCUGAUAUCUAAAGCAGCCGUAAUGAUGUCCUGCAGUAUUAUACACCUACCUCCUGAUAUCUAAAGCAGCCAUAAUGAUGUCCUGCAGUAUUAUACACCUACCUCCUGAUAUCUAAAGCAGCCGUAAUGAUGUCCUGCAGUAUUGUACACCUACCUCCUGAUAUCUAAAGCAGCCAUAAUGAUGUCCUGCAGUAUUAUACACCUACCUCCUGAUAUCUAAAGCAGCCGUAAUGAUGUCCUGCAGUAUUAUACACCUACCUCCUGAUAUCUAAAGCAGCCGUAAUGAUGUCCUGCAGGUACAACUGCAAUCGCUACAAUGAAGAUGACGCCAAGGCAGCCAGAGACGCACAG